UCUUCUCCGCCUCUCCCUCCUCGCCUUCGUGUCCCUCUCCUCGCUCUCCCUUUCCCUUUCGCGGGUUCAUUUAGGCUCUAGAUGCGACGAUGAUUCGAGGCGCGAAGCUUAUUUUGACCUUAAUCCGAGGCUAAACCCUGGCGCGGUGGCUCAGCGGCGUCUCGGAUGGGGACGAAGAAAGUGAAGUCUGUCAUUGGUCGUAAUCACGCGGGGAAUAGAUGAUAAGGUCGUAAAAAAUCACACAAUCAUCAGCCAGAAGCCACACUGUUGUGCCUUCUUUUGAGCCCAUCGAGGGCCAGGAGUGACUGGUUUCCGUUCAGUGCGCGCCGCACGAGCCGUGGACAUGGGCAGCGCCUGCUCGAGGAAGAGGGGCCAGCUGGUCCACGAGGACGAUCUCUACGGCGCCAGGUUCUCCAAGAGCGGCAGCUUCAAGUGGCUCCUGCACACGCUGCCCCGCAGCAACUCUGCUGAUGUGCAUAGAAGAGCGCAGGAGGGAACGCCGGGCCGGUGCCCGUCGCUUGUGGAGCUGUGCGUGGCCAAAGUCCGCGAGGACAUGAGUAGCUACUCUGAUUUCUCCCUGCUGCCCAGGGAUCUUAGUCAGCAGAUAUUCAAUGAGCUGGUGGAGUGCGGAGGCCUCACGGAAGCAUCGCUUGGGGCUUUCCGUGAUUGUGAUCUGCAGGAUAUUUGUCUGGGAGAGUACCCGGGAGUGACUGAUGCUUGGAUGGAAGUAGUGGCUUCUCAAGGGCAGUCCUUGCUAUCUGUUGACAUCUCUUGCUCAGAUGUGACUGAUAGUGGAUUGAAUCUUCUUAAAGAUUGCUCGAGCAUGCAAAGUUUGGCAUGUGAUUACUGUGAUCAGAUCUCAGAACAUGGACUUAAAACAUUAUUAGGUCAGUGUUAUGCUGAUAACACAACAGCUGAGUUUGCUGCCAGCUGCUUUUCAAAUUUGACAUCACUGAGCAUUAAGAAAUGUGCUGCUGUUACUGCUGAAGGAGCAAAAGCCUUUGCAAACCUAGUUAAUUUGGUAAACUUAGACCUUGAGCGAUGCCCAAAGAUUCACGGUGGGCUUGUGCAUUUGAAAGGCUUGAGAAAACUGGAAAAACUGAACCUGAGAUACUGUAAUUGCAUCACCGAUUCAGAUAUGAAAUAUUUAUCAGAUCUCACAAAUUUGAGAGAACUACAACUAUCAUCCUGCAGAAUCUCUGAUUUUGGUGUAUCUUAUCUGAGAGGUCUACACAAGCUAGCUCAUCUAAACCUGGAGGGCUGUGCAGUCACUGCAGCUUGUUUGGAGGUUAUAUCAGGAUUGGCUUCACUUAUUUUGCUGAAUUUAAGUAGGUGUGGCAUAUGCGACGAAGGCUGUGAGAACUUGGAAGAUCUUGUCAAAUUGAAGGCUCUAAAUUUAGGGUUCAACCACAUUACAGAUGCCUGUUUAAUUCACUUAAAAGAUUUGAUCAACUUGGAGUGCUUGAAUUUGGACUCAUGCAAGAUUGGUGAUGAGGGUCUAUUUCACCUGAAAGGCCUCGUGCAGCUAAAAAACCUGGAGCUUUCAGACACUGAAGUUGGGAGCAAUGGACUUCGUCAUCUCUCUGGUCUACGUAAUUUGCAGAGCAUCAAUCUCUCUUUUACAUUGAUUACUGACAUUGGUUUGAAGAAGAUUUCUGGUUUGAGUUCACUGAAUAAUCUUAAUCUUGACAAUCGCCAAAUCACAGAUACUGGUUUAGCAGCUCUUACAAGUCUCACUGGGCUGACACACCUUGACCUAUUUGGAGCUCGUAUAACUGACGCAGGCACAAACUGCUUCAGAUUUUUCAAGAAUCUUCAGUCCCUGGAGGUCUGUGGUGGGUCGAUCACGGAUGCGGGCGUGAAGAACAUCAAGGACCUCAAAGCUCUGACGCUGCUCAACCUAUCUCAGAAUGGCAACCUCACGGACAAAACCCUGGAGCUGAUCUCUGGCCUGACUGCGCUGGUGUCGCUGAACGUGUCCAACUCCCGGGUGUCCAACUCGGGCCUCCACCACCUGACGCCGCUGCAGAACCUGCGCUCCCUGUCCCUGGAGUCCUGCCGGGUGACGCCGGCCGAGAUCAAGAAGCUCCGGCUGGCCGCCCUCCCCAACCUGAUCAGCGUGCGGCCGGAGUGAUACGGCCAGGCAGGCACUGUCGCAGCAGCGAUCUGUAACUGUAAGCAAAUGGUGGCCUGGCUGGAGCAUGCCGCCGUGUACAUAUUUUUGCAAGAACAAGCUUGAGCAGUCUGUACAUAUUGGUCUUUGUGUCGUGUCGGCGUGCCUGACGGUCGCCGGACUAGACUACUCCGCCCUAUCCCCAUAUACCCCAGGAAUUUGUGAUGGGAAGGAACAAUUGUAAAUAUGCCGUGCUUCCUCUCCAUGUGGGGUGCCGCUGUGUAAAUAGUGGAUUGGUGCACUUCUAGAUGCUACUUUUGCUUGGUCGUAAAAUCAUGGUACCAUAGGCUUUGCUCCA